CUCUCCAGAAGUUCUUAUCAUUUUCUCAUGUAUACCAUUAAUGAUUAAGUUCUUGAAGCUUUUCUUGAAUGCAAAGGUUAUGGUUUAGCCGAAUUGAGGGGUAAUUUCAGUAGUUAAAAAUUUUAGGACCACCUCCCCUUUAAUAUUUUUUUGGAACUACAAAAUUUCCCUCUAUAUAAAUUCAAACAUCCGCUUCAUGCAACAAACCCAACUCAUUCUCACAAAGGUAUAGAUCCAACUCAUUCCAUUAUCUUUUCCAAUUCCACCAUGACACAUCCCAUUUUGUUGCUUGGACUUCUGAUAAUAGCAUACUUCAGUGGUUCUCAAGGUGAAAAUUCCUUCUCACAGUACUGGGAAGAGCAUAUUGGCCUUCCACUACCUCCACAUUGGUUAGCUGCAAAGGCUUCUCCAUUAAGUCUCCAUCAGAUUGCAGUGUUUAUGAAACUUAUGGAGAAAAAUGAAUUAGCUUGCCACCUGCAUUCUUUCUGUAAGGAGGCUAAUGUUGCUUGUUCUACAAAAACAUUGGUGAAGAAGACAAUGAAUGACACAAACCUACCACCAAUAGCUAAGUGGAAUGUUGACAUUGUAGUGUAUGAACACUCUCCAAAUGAGACACCCCUGUCAGUUUCCAGCGAAGGGGGAUUGCCAUUUUUCCGGAAGUCAAUGGUAAAAGAGGGAGGUUUCAUGUUUGUCCCUGAUCUAAGAGACCCAAUGAUAUAUACAUCAUUCUUACCACGACCUUUGGCUUCAAAAAUCCCAUUUUCCUUUGCCCAAAUUAAGGAAUUAAAGAAGCUUUUUGGUGUAGUAGAUGCAUCAAACAUGACUAGUUAUAUUCCAGACACCCUCAAGAGAUGUGAAAAGAGCCCCAUUCGAGGUGAGCAGAGCACCUGUGUGACUUCCGCCGAGGAUCUUAUUGAUUUUGUUGUCAAGAAACUAGGGCACCAUGUACGCAUGUGGAGUACUGAGAGUGCCGAAGGUUCUUAUGAAAGUGUCACAAUUGGAGAUGUGAAACUCAUACAUGGAAACCUCUCUGAACCACCAGCCUUAUGUCAUAGUCAGCCAUUCCCAUUUCAAAUCUAUUAUUGUCAUGUUUUACAGAAAGUAAAAAUAUAUGCAGUUGAUAUACAUGCUCGGAAGAAAGUGAAUCAUUUGAUAAUGGCAUGCCACUAUGACACGUCAACUUGGAAUACAAACCAUCAUGCUUUUAAGCUGUUAGGUUUUGGCCCUGGACUGAUUGAAGUCUGUCACUGGAUAAAUGAGAAUGGAAUGGUUUGGACAAAAACUCUAGGUUGAGUAACAUAUGAAUAAAUGAUUAUCUUCUGAUUCUCUUGUUUAUGUUACAUGUUACAUCUUAUGCUUUGUGAAUGAUAAAAUAAUGAUUUUCUUCAA